ACGGACCGGGAGGCGUGCCCUGGGAGAGGCGUUCGGACGCUAUUACCGGGUUGGGCGGGCCGGGCUUGGGAGGGGUUUGGGGGUGAGCCCUGAGUCCCCCGCCCGCUGAGGAGAUGGAUGAGGAUGGGCUUCCUCUCAUGGGCUCAGGCAUAGACCUGACUAAGGUGCCAGCUAUUCAACAGAAAAGAACGGUGGCAUUUCUAAACCAGUUUGUGGUGCACACUGUACAGUUCCUCAACCGAUUUUCUACAGUUUGUGAGGAGAAACUAGCAGACCUUUCUCUUCGUAUCCAGCAGAUUGAAACAACUCUCAAUAUUUUAGAUGCAAAGUUAUCAUCUAUCCCGGGCCUAGAUGAUGUCACAUUUGAAGUAUCUCCUGUAAAUGUCACUAGGAUCACAAAUGGAACACAUUCUGAAGCCACUUCAGAGCAAUCACAGAACAGUUUACAAGACUCUGGACCACAGGAAAGUGAAGUAACACCAGAAAAUAUCUUAACUGUAGCCAAGGAUCCAAGAUAUGCCAGAUAUCUCAAAAUGGUUCAAGUGGGUGUUCCAGUGAUGGCAAUAAGAAACAAAAUGAUAUCAGAAGGACUAGACCCAGAUCUUCUUGAGAGGCCAGAUGCUCCAGUGCCUGAUGGUGAAGGUGAAAAAAACACAGAAGAAAGUUCAGAUAGCGAAUCUUCUUUUAGUGACUAAGCUUAAUUUUCAUAACAAUUACAUAUACAUGUGUUAGUGCACCUUUACAUUCUAUAAGAGAGCCUGAACUGUAAUUCUUAGUUAUAAAAACAUCAAGUGGCUACAGAUCUGCCACCAAGCUUCCUCUGUGUUAAAAAAUAAAUAAAGCAUUUAUAAUAA